AUGAUCGUUUUCACUCAUCCUGGACAAUUGGAUAAAAUGGAAACAGCUGUUUUUGAUAGUGUAUUUGAUUCUCCUAUAGCAUCAUUUACUUCAGCUGAAGACAAACUCACAAUUGUUUCAUUUACAGAAUGUUUGUGUUAUCCUGCAGCUUACCUACAAGACUGCAUUGUCAUUGCUUAUAAUGAAAAUAAUACCCUUCAACAAUUUAUUCAAAAAGAACAUUUACCAUCUUUCCUGGAAUUGGAACUAGUUAAACAAAAUAUUCUUCAAUUUGGUGUUCACGAUACUCUGAAUAACUUCUUAGAGCAUUCAGAUCCACUCUUUCGGUUGGGUUUACUGGUAUCUCCAAUACUGAAAUCACAAGCGUUAUCGAUACUCGAGCAACGGACAAUACUAACACAAUUUCCACAUGGACCAAAUAGUAACGAAAUCAUUACAGAAAAGAUAUCUAAAAAUAUGGCACUAAAGAGUAUCUACAUAGCAAAAUUGUAUAUACUAAUACGUAAUGACGAAAAAUAUCCCGAAGUCGGUCAUUUACAAUUAACGAUAUAUGAGUUUGCCUAUAUUUGUAUAAAUCUUGAAAAAUUACGAAAAGUUUAUGAUAAUAAUUGGAUAUGCAGUGUAUUGUGA